AUGUGGGCCUUGCCCUGGACACAUGGCCCCCUCCGCAGCGUGCACUGGUCCCUGCUGUACCUGGUUGCCUCCCUGAGUGUGCAAUGUGGAGAACCCCAAGUCGAGACCAAUACCAAGAGUGAAGAACCCCAAGUCGAGACCAAUACCAAGAGUGAAGCAGCAGCGAAAAUGACCUCCAGGCGCCCUGGUAGCUCCCUGCUCGCCCUGCUCCUCCACCUUGUCCUGCCCGGGAACCUGGUUACCCAAGACUCUGCAGCGGUGCGGCAGUCUCCUCGCUACACCAUCACCCCAGAGGGCGGCUCUACCAGCAUCAUCUGCUCCAGCGGCAUCUCCCAGUGGGGAGUCUACCUGGUCCAAACCUGGCCCCAAAAUGCCAGUGUUAUCUACUACGAAGACAGCGAGACGCCCACUGUGGAUAAGCUGUUCUUAACACGCAUCAGCUUCUCAGGGUCACAACAAAACCUAACCAUCACCAUGCACCGCCUGCAGCCCACCGACAGCGGCAUCUACACCUGCAAGGUUCUCAUGGACAGCAGCAGUCUCUUAGGCUCUGGAACCUUGGUCAUGGUGACAGACAAAUUGUCCCACAAAACGGCCUCUGGCUUCUAUGUGGCCCUAGCUGUGGUCUGCUUCCUUGUCAGGCUGUGCCUGGGGCUUACAUGUGCACUAAGGAGGGCACAGGUCCAGAAGCUCUGCUUAGGGCAGGAUCGGAGCUCAGCUGACACUGUGGUCUAUGAAGAAAUGUCCUGCAGUCGCCACAAUACCCUAUCCAUCCCCAACGAGUACCAGUCCAUCCAGGACCCGGGAGCCUGCUGCAGGGACGCUCAGAGCACCAGCCAGCAGGGGACCUCUCAGCCUACCUAUGCCAACACCCAGAGCUCUGGCUGA